CAAACUCGCGUUUUGCUGCGGCAGGUGCUGCUCAUCUGUCUAGACACCGUAGCUUCUGGGGUCUUAAACAGAUUAAAUUAUUCUCAACAAGACAAAUGGGUGCGCUGGUUCGCGCUGCAGCAGCACCGCCACACCCUUGCUGCUGCAGCCGUCUGGCAGCCCCCGCAGCAGCAGCAGCAGCAGCAGCAGCAGCACGAAGGCGCCGAAGCAGCAGCAGCAGCAGCAACUCCGGCCGGUAACAACACACAACUUCAGCAGCCCAGACAACCCGCCGACGAAGCCCAAGCCACCUCAGAAAGCCUCGACCAGCAGCAGCAGCAGCAGCAGCAGCAGCAGCAGCACGAGUGUUGGGCUGAGGUGCUGCCGUAUCUGCAGUUGUUUUGGCCCUUCAUUGAGCAGCAAGAAGCAAUUGGAGAUCUUGACAUUUGUGUUGUGUCGCUGCUGCUGCAGCAGCUGCAUGCAGUUGCUGCUGCGCGGCCCCACACCUUUGUGGACUACCCGCUGCUGUCCGAAGCCAAAAGAUUCAAGGGUGUCUUUGCUGCUGCUGCUGCUGCUGCAGCAAACCAGUGGUCUACCGCCAUGGACAGCAGCAGCAGCAGCAGCAGCAGCAGGGGCUGCGACGACGAAAACCAGCCCCAGUGGACGCUGGGUGGCGGCAGCCCCCUCUACGACUAA